AUGGACGACGUGCAUGCCCUACUUGAGGGCUCACGCAUCAUUGUUAUUUCAGUCUCGCCCUAUCUCCUCGCCUCGGGCUUUGCCAUGGAAGAGGUGCGCUUUGCCCUCGACAAUAACCCCGUCAUCAUCCCUGUCUUCAUGCAUGAAGCCUUGCCGUUCAAUAGCGUUUGGGGGGAUGCCCGGCUCGCUGAUGCCGACGUCAUUGAGCGUGUCACCGGCGCCGUGCAUGAGGAGCAGGCUAAGGCUUGGAUUGGCCCUGACCUUAUCGCUGCCUUUGGUGAUCUUGCUCACGCCAAGGGUGCUGUCCACAAGGCUGAACACUCUGAGGACCUGAACGUGAAAGCAUGGUACUCCUCGCGCUGUGAACGAGUCAAGCUCAUACACUCGCUGCCUGAGUGGGGGUGCGUCCAGGGCGACCGUAACGGCCACGACAGCUUUUCCGAUCUCGUCUCCCGCGUUGCAGACGCUGUCGUCGCUGUCUUGCGCGACUCUUGCUCUAUUGAGCGUUUGCCUUUACUCAUGCCGCCGCCAUUCAAUCCACCCGAAUACCACCCGCUCCCUGACACUCGUGAUGCGGUCAUUAAUGUCCUUCUUGGUGCGAACAACGUCUCAGUCGUCGGUGUCAACGGGCUCGGUGGCGUCGGCAAGUCGUCACUCGCUGCCGAUGUCGCCAUCCAUCCCGCCAUUACUUCGGUCUUCUCCGUCUUCUGGCUCUCGCUUGGUGAGGACAAUACGUCCAACCCAGCUCUUACCAGCCGCAUGUCUUACUUUCUCAAGCAGGGUCUGAGCUGCACAGUCGAUACUCAGGCCAACCUCGACGACCUCCAACGUAUCCUUGCUGCCAAGACCCGGUCCCUUGCCGCCGCCGGCACCCGCAUCCUGCUCAUCCUCGACGAUGCGUGGACCACCCGCCAGGCCUCCGUCUUCACCAACCACAUCGCAGCCCCGCAUGCCAUCCUCGUCACCUCGCGCAACGCCGCUGUUGCUACCAACACCACCUCCUCCAUCAAGCUUGGCACCUUUGGCCCGGACGACGCUGCUGUUGUCCUUCGCAACUACCUCGCCAAGGGCUCACCUGAGUGGGCAAACACCCUUGCUCUCAACGAUUCCCGCAUCGUCUCCCUCGCGACCUUUUGCCGUGGCCAUGCCCUCGCCCUCGCCGUCCUUGGCUCGUCCAUUUCUGGCGAGGCUGCGCUUGACGACGCUGUUGAGGACGCUGCAGAUGCAACUGAGCUUGCCAUGGAUGAGCACCGCGAUGAUUGCGGCGGAUCGGACGCCAAGUACGCCCGCAUCUUUGACAUCAUCACUUGGACCCUCAGCGGUGCCAUCCCCAAGCGUGUCCGCAAGGUGGCGCUGACUAUUUACGCCAUGCUCGCCGUCUUUCCAUCAGACGCGCCCAUCGACGUCGCCAACUUCCGCUCCGCGAUCGACGCAAGCAAUAUCAAGUUUGCUAGGUCCCUCGAUGCCCUCGCCAACACGUCGUUGCUGCGCGUCGUUGCCACGGAUGGCGGGGCCAUAACCGUAAUCGAGAUGCACGAUCUGCACCUCGAGUACAUUCGCCAUCAGCUUGAGGUAUGCUUUGACGACAUCCCUUCCCUUCCUGCCCGUCAUCUCGCCGUUGUCGCCGGGCUGCCUCCGUCUGGCGCCACGCCGCAUACCGCUGCGAAGGCCAUGACAUCUGAUACUGCCUCCGACUGGAUCGUCACCCACGGUAUUUCGCACAUGAUUGCAGCCGGAGCGAACCAUGCCGCCGUUGCGGUUGCUCUCUCCUGGCCAUGGAUGAAAGCCCGCGCAAACGACUCGCUUAGUGGCCUCCUCAACGAUCUGCGUUGUGUUGUGCGCCUCGGAUGUGAAGGAGCCAAAGACGUUGACGAGGUCGAGCGUGCGCUGUCGCUCUCACGCGACAUCAUUGAGAAGGGCAAGUCGCAAAUCGAAACCGAGCUCGUUGCGCGACUUGCCUAUAACAACGCGUCCAAAGCGGUGAAGGACCUGGUUGCUGCUGUGAGCGAAGAUGUCCCGUCUGGGGCUCUCAUUCCAUCGAGAGCUGUGGACCCUGUUGCGCAUCGUGGUGCUGAGCGCUUUCGCUUUGAUGGCUCGUCCGGCAAUGUCAUCAACAUCAGUGGCUCGCUGGUUGCUGGUGGAUGUUGGAAGAAUGUGGACGUACUGGACGUGCAAACUGGUGAACGCGUGGAGGUGCUGGAGGGCCACACCAACAGUGUGCGGGGUGUGAUUGCGCUGCCGAGUGCGGAUGGCCAGCUGCCUGUCCUGGUCUCGUGGUCGGGGGACAACACGAUCCGGGUGUGGCAUCCUGCGGACGACGGGACGGAGGCCAUGCGGUACACCGCGGACACUGCCUCCUGCGAGGUGCUGGAGGGCCACACCGACGAUGUGGAGGGUGUGAUUGCGCUGCCGAGUGCGGAUGGCCAGCUGCCUGUCCUGGUCUCGUGGUCGUGGGACAGGACGAUCCGGGUGUGGCAUGCUGCGGACGACGGGACGGGCGCCAUGCGGUACACCGCGGACAAUGCCUCCUGUGAGGUGCUGGAGGGCCACACCAGCAGGGUGCAUGGUGUGAUUGCGCUGCCGAGUGCGGAUGGCCAGCUGCCUGUCCUGGUCUCGUGGUCGUGGGACAACACGAUUCGGGUGUGGCAUCCUGCGGACGACGGGACGGAGGCCAUGCGGUACACCGCGGACACUGCCUCCUGCGAGGUGCUGGAGGGCCACACCAACAGUGACAGGACGAUCCGGGUGUGGCAUCCUGCGGACGACGGGACGGAGGCCAUGCGGUACACCGCGGACACUGCCUCCUGUGAGGUGCUGGAGGGCCACACCAGCAGGGUGCAUGGUGUGAUUGCGCUGCCGAGUGCGGAUGGCCAGCUGCCUGUCCUGGUCUCGUGGUCGUGGGACAGGACGAUCCGGGUGUGGCAUGCUGCGGACGACGGGACGGGCGCCAUGCGGUACACCGCGGACAAUGCCUCCUGUGAGGUGCUGGAGGGCCACACCAGCAGGGUGCGGGGUGUGAUUGUGCUGCCGAGUGCGGAUGGCCAGCUGCCUGUCCUGGUCUCGUGGUCGGAGGACGAGACGAUCCGGGUGUGGCAUCCUGUGGACGACGGGACGGGCGCCAUGCGGUACACCGCGGACAGUGCCUCCUGUGAGGUACUGGAGGGCCACACCAGCGAUGUGCAGGGUGUGAUUGCGCUGCCGAGUGCGGACAGCCAGCUGCCGGUCCUGGUCUCGUGGUCGGAAGACAGGACGAUCCGGGUGUGGCAUCCUGCGGACGACGGGACGGAGGCCAUGCGGUACACCGCGGACACUGCCUCCUGUGAGGUGCUGGAGGGCCACACCAGCAGGGUGCAUGGUGUGAUUGCGCUGCCGAGUGCAGAUGGCCAGCUGCCUGUCCUGGUCUCGUGGUCGGCCGACAAGACGAUCCGGGUGUGGCAUCCUGCAGACGACGGGACGGGCGCCAUGCGGUACACCGCGGACAAUGCCUCCUGCGAGGUGCUGGAGGGCCACACCGAGUAUGUGCGGGGUGUGAUUGCGCUGCCGAGUGCGGAUGGCCAGCUGCCUGUCCUGGUCUCGUGGUCGUGGGACAGGACGAUCCGGGUGUGGCAUGCUGCCGACGACGGAGAGGGCGCCAUGCGGUACACCGCGGACAGUGCCUCCUGUGAGGUACUGGAGGGCCACACCGAGUAUGUGAAGGGUGUGAUUGCGCUGCCAAGUGCGGAUGGCCAGCUGCCUGUCCUGGUCUCGUGGUCGUGGGACAGGACGAUCCGGGUGUGGCAUGCUGCGGACGACGGGACGGGCGCCAUGCGGUACACCGCGGACAGGGCCUCCUGUGAGGUGCUGGUGGGCCACAUCUACGGUGUGGAGGACAACACGAUCCGGGUGUGGCAUGCUGCGUACGACGGGACGGGCGCCAUGCGGUACACCGCGGACAGUGCCUCCUGUGAGGUGCUGGAGAGCCACACCGACGAUGUGGAGGGUGUGAUUGCGCUGCCGAGUGCGGAUGGCCAGCUGCCUGUCCUGGUCUCGUGGUCGUGGGACAGUACGAUCCGGGUGUGGCAUGCUGCGGACGACGGGACGGGCGCCAUGCGGUACACCGCGGACAGGGACUCCUGUGAGGUGCUGGAGGGCCACACCAGCGGUGUGGAGGGUGUGAUUGCGCUGCCGAGUACAGAUGGCCAGCUGCCGGUCCUGGUCUCGUGGUCGCGGGACAGGACGAUCCGGGUGUGGCAUGCUGCGGACGACGGGAUGGGCGCCAUGCGGUACACCGCGGACAGUGCCUCCUGUGAGGUGCUGGAGGGCCACACCGACGAUGUGCAUGGUGUGAUUGCGCUGCCGAGUGCGGAUGGCCAGCUGCCUGUCCUGGUCUCGUGGUCGUGGGAAGACACGAUCCGGGUGUGGCAUGCUGCGGACGACGAGAUGGGUGCCAUGCGGUACACCGCGGACAAUGCCUCCUUGUGCGGGGUGUGA